AGUUUUAAACAAAAAGUUUUUGAGUUCAGCAAAGGAUGUAUAAAACGCCGCUAGAUGGCGUUGUGAACAUCAAUCAAGGACAAAUAAACUUUACAGUUCCAGCAAUAAAGCUCAUUUUACAAUGUUACUAAAUAUUUGUUGACAGUUGCCAUGUGUUGACAUUUCACCGAGUUGCUAUGGCGGUCUUUUCAUUUUACUGACGACGAAUUUUUCAGUAAUGUGAAAUUACAGCAACAUCCGUAAUUAUAUUGGGCUUAAAUUAUGUGGCGUGAAAAUAUUUCGUGUGAAGAUGUAAUCGUGGGUACCAUACCUGCGAUCGCGAUGUUCAGUUAAACGAGCCGGAAAUAUUUAAAUCAUAUUUUGUUUUUUGUUUGUGAUUUUGUUUGAGUGGAAGAAUUCACCAUGAGUUGUUACAGUAAGGAGAAGUGUGGAGUGGAGAAGUAUGAUUACAACAACAUAUGUAAGAGUCAUUCUGCCCGAUCGGACCGAGCAGAAAAAUCUUCUGCUUUAACAUCCACAGAACUGUAUCGAAUAUGUCCAUCAAAGUUGAGCAAGCGGGAGUUGGAAGACCUGUACUUUGCUCUCUUAGAAAACAACUUGGAGUUAAAACGAACCAUCAAUGGGCAGCAGGACAAGAUCCGAGGUCUGUCCACGAAGGUGCAGCGGCUUAAUGCCUCUCAAAAGCUUAUUCAAUCUAAAGAGAUGAAAGACUGCUGCAUUGGUACCAAGACACUUGUCAAUGAUCAGAAGGAAUCCAUAUUAGACUUGAAGCGCACAAACCAGCGCAUGUCGGAACGUAUCCGUACGCUGAACAUGCGGCUGUGCUCGGCGAAGCAGUUCCAUAAGAAGAGUCCCUCGUCAUCUGUGUCCCGGUGUCUCCGCUGUGCCAACACCAGUGCACUGCCUCAGCACACCUAUGUCAAACAUUCCUGUAGCCCAAAGCCAAGUGAACCAACCAACCAGACUAUGAAGUGUUCAGUCUCAUGUCAAAAUGUCGACAGAGAUGCUACAAGUGUGAGAUCGGCACAAACUGAGCCUCGUGAACCCCAAUGCCAAAAUUCUGACUUGCCAUGCGACGAAAAUAAAUGUAGAACUGUCAUGGAAGAGUUGAAACAAAAAAUAGUCACUUUGCAAGAGGAGUUGAGCAACACGCACUCGGAGUACUCGUCGCGCAUCAGCCGGCUGGAGGGCGAGGUGAGCGCGGUGCGGCGCGAGAACGUGCGCGUGCGCGGCGAGCGCGGCGCGGGGCAGGACCAGCUGCGGGGCGCCGCGCAGCGCGCCGCGCAGCUGCUAGAUACCUGCCGCCAGGCGGAGGCCAAGUGUGUUCAACUAACGGCACAGUUAUCAAUUGAAAAGAGGAAGGUGGCGGAGCUAGAGACCCGACUGAAGGCGGCGAACAUGAGCAACCGCGUCAACAAGGCUAUCAAAGAUCACUUUGCUCAUAAAAAUGAUUUAAAACCGUGUGCUUUUACAAAGCAUGCAUGCCCGUGUCCCGGGAGCGAUUGGACUCAGCCUUCUGUUACCGCUAAAAGUGGACAAAAGAAGACAUGCGAUUGUGACCUAGAUUUUGAAUCAAUCAUCGUAACGCCCGCAAAGAUAAGCGCUCAAAAAUCGCCGAGAACUGACAGGGGACUGCCAGCGAAUAAAGCUCUAGAGGUUGAAACGAAAGCACAAGUAUCCCAGACGGCUGCAGAAAUGGAAGAAACGCCGAAAGCAGAUCCAGGGCCUGAGAUAUAUACCCAAGAAACUCGAAGGCUCACUGACACAGGAUUGUCGCCGAUAUCUACGCUAGAGCCCCAGGUCUGUUGCCAAGAGCUACGGAGAUUAAUUGACGCUAGAUUGCCACAGACAAUGCCUCAAAAUUCUGAGAUGUACUCCCAAGAAUCUCGUAAGCCCGCUGACGCCGUAUUGCCAUCGAGACCGGUUCAAGAACCUGAGAUAUAUGCCCAAGUUCCCCGGGGGCAAACUGACACAACACUGUCACAAACAGCUGAUCAAGAGCCCCAGGCGUGUUGCCAAGAGUUACGGAGACUAAUUGACACAGUAUUGCCACAGAAAAUACCUCAAGAGGCUGAGAUGUACUCUCAACGACCUCGGAGGUCCACUGAUACCGGGUUGCCUGUUAGACCCGCUCAGGAAGCUCAGAUGUAUGACCAAGUUCCUCGGGGGCAAAUUAAUGCAUGGCCACCAAGUGCUAAUCAAGAACAGAUGUACUCGCAAGUACCCCGAAGGCUCACUGACACAGGAUUGCCGCCGGGACUAGGUCAAGAGGCGCAGGCGUUCUCUCAAGACCCUCGGACGACUAGAUUGUCCCAGCAAUUAGCCCAAGAGCCAGAGAUAUAUCCUCAAGAACUUCGAAGGCUUACUGACACAGGAUUGCCGCCGAUACCGGCACAGGCGCCUGAGAUGUAUUCCCAAGUUCCUCAAGGGCAAACUGGUGCUACAUUGCAACCAAGAGCUGAUCAAGGGUCCCAGAUAUGUUGCCAGGAACUACAGGGAGAAGUUGACACUAGAUUGCCACCAACAGUUGAUCAAGAAAUCCAGGCGUGUUGCCAACAACUACGGAGACUAAUUGACACUAGAUUGCCACUAAAAAUGCCUCAAGAGACUGAGAUGUACUCUGAAAUGGCUCAAAAGCUAGCUGACUCAGGAUUGCCUUCGCAACCAGCUCAAGAGUCUGAGAAGUCACCUCAAGAGGUGGAGGAAGAGGAAGAGAACACAAUAUACUCGCAGACCAGUCAGCGUCUUUUUGAUUACGGCCUGUCUGAGAAGACAGUGCAGGACGCCAAGGUAUUUGUCCCGGAAGUCUUUGAAAAGUCCGCUCCGAGUGAGGUUACGUCGCCGAAGCAAGGACAAGAGGCCGAGGUACAAUUUUCCCCUCAAGCCUCUGAGAAAUCCGCUUUGGACAAUGACAUGCCGCUGACGCUAGCUCAAGAUGAGAAGACUCUGUCAGCAAAUGGCGAUGGUGUAAAGGACGGGGCCGGGCCAGCCCAAGAGCCUAAGGGAUCCACCUGCAUGUGCUUGUGCCCACCGCGAGAAGAUGUUACAGAAACUGAUAAAAAUGGUCCGGAUUGUGUUUGUGCGUGUCAACCACAACAAGAUCUCAAGCAAGACUCCACUUCCUAUAAAGGCUCCGGCUGCAUGUGUGCGUGCCCUUCGCAGUACGAUACGGCAUCCAGUACAGCCUCUAACUUCGUAUGUGGGUGUCCGCCACGAGAUGACUUGCCCGAUGCUGUUCAAGAGACAAAUGUCCAGAUCGAUAUCUUGAGACAGUCCGAAAGAGCAGCUUUUGAAGAAAAAACGAAGAAAACUUUAGAUGACUCCGGGUACGUGGAUGCCAAUAGGAGCCCGGACGUACCGACUGAAAGGAUCAGGACAAGCCGUCAGGAGUACCGGAAAGUUUCAAUCACUGAAACUCCAACCAAAGCGGAUUACGAUGACGACCAAAUGGAUAUUUCGCUCAACGACGCAGAAGAUACCAACACCAAUAUCAGCCGGGAUAAAGAGGAGGCAAUGUAUUUACAAAAAAUGAAUGAACAACUGAUGAAGACCAUUCUCGAUCUCCAAAGCCAAGUGGACCGCAUGAGAAUUGCCGGGGCAAAGCUAGCUGCUGGGACUUGUAGUGCGAAAAAAUGUGGAAGUAAAGCUGCCGAGGGCAAGUCUGAAGACGAUGCCGAGAACUGUGCCACAAAUUGUGGCGACGACAGUCCAGGCUGUACGAUGCCUAUAGUGGAAUCCUCCAAAAGACAGAUGGAACCUCAAAAUGAAAAUCAAUUCACACCGUCCAUCAAUCGAAGUGUUGAAGACUAUGCGCCUAAUAAGAAAGUCAGGCAGAGCGAAACGCCAAGUACAAGUGAACUGGAAUAUGGCUUACAGCAAGAGAUGCAAGCCGCUGAGCAGGCAGCAAAACCGCAAUCAACUAACGAGUCCUUUGAAAAGAACCGUCUCUUCGAGUCUCUGAACUACGCGGCUAAAGUCAAUGUUAAACCGGAGUUCUAUACCGUUGAUGACAGACAGCAGCAGCUGGCCGGCAAGAAGAAAGUAUCAACGCCGCAGUGUUUGAGAUGUACCAGAGGCGCCGAAUUCAUUGCAGACACUGAUUUAUUAGCCGACAAGGAUUCCUGUGAACCUUGCGAAUUUUGCUCGAUCGAAAAAAAAGAGUGUCAAUCGAAGCCACCCCGCGACAAGGGCGGUAAGUCUGACGGAGGAGUCGCGAAAGGUCCCGCAAAGAGUGAUCGUCACAAUAGCUUACAAAUACCUGGACCCAUACCCGUAGCUGAAGCCACCACUAAAGACUGGAAGAAAAAUGUAUUCAAACGGUUCUCACUGGAUGGGAAAAAGAAAGAUCCUCAAAAAAGUAAAGAUGAAAAGCGCAAAAGGGAAAGAGAUAUUGAAAAUACCACUCAACGACGAGGCUCUGGAAAUAUGAAAGAUAACGCUGAUAUAAAUAAUUCUCUUACAAACAAAAUGCCCUUAGAAAUAGACGAAAACGCAAAAGCAUUGAGGGAAGCACGAAGGGAAUUGAAAGCACACAGCAAAGAAUCUUUUGAACUGAACAGACUGAGCACUCUUAAAAAGAAAGAUAGUCAAACGAUGCCCUUGCCUAUUCAGGAGUCCUUGAACAAUUUCUAUCCGCGUAGCGAUCUAAAUCUAUUUCCCACUGUUGGAGCUGAGCCGAACCCACGCCCAACCAAAUAUGGAAAUCAAACGUAUCAUGCGCUUACGUUCCAAGAAACUAACUUACAAGAACAGAAUAGAGCUACACAGGUAGGUCAAGAGAACAAACAGCGACGACGAUCGUCUACGUCUGAUCAAGAAACUUAUACAGUAGACACCAGUAAGGAAACCAGGGCCACGUCUCCUGAUAACACUGAAUAUGAAAUAUCAUACAUGACCGACCUGCCUUCAGAGAGAGAAGGUAAGAGUCCCAAAAGCCAGCGUCUGUCUCCGGGAGAGGACAAGAUGACCACUACGUACACCGACUCCUACACGAACCCAGCCACCAAUUACUCGCUCAGCGAAGGUGAACUGCCUGCUACCACAACUCGGAAAUUGUCCCUAAACAGUCGCCGGGAUCCCGCACCGUUAACAAAUGAAGAUGCUCCACCGACACAGAAAAUGGAAGAAGCCCUCCAAGCAAUAACGGAAGAGCUGGCUCGAUGUAAGAACCUGAUGCUCAGCCAGCGGCCGACUGACGCGACUAGCGAAGCGACCAGAACCGAGGCCACUAAACCCGAGUCGCUACGACAACCGCGCCGCAGUUCGCCCGCCAUGGAGCCGCGCCACAGCCGCCUGCUGCCGCUGCCGAUCCCGCCGUCGCCGCCGUCCACCCCGCCGUCUUCACACCGACAGUCCUUGCUAAAUCCACCGUUAAUACUUUCGCAAUCAUCGCCGCGACGGUCACUGGUGGCCGAUCUACAAAUGCAGCAUUUGCUUGAGGAUGAUGAGCCACCCAAGCGACUGUCGAUAGAAGAAGCUUCGCAGCCUGUACCCUCACAAGAAAUGCCAAAGUCGUCGCAACAAAAAUCGAUUUUACACACUGAUAAGCAUGCUAUGGACCUAAAUUUAGAUAUGCCGGACCCAUCCCCACUAGACAGUACUAUCGCGCUACGAAGAGGUAUCGCGACCCAGAGCAUUGGCGAUACAUACGCCCCCAAGUGCCUGUUCACUCUGCACAUCGGCACUGUUGUACUGUCAGACGAGGCGGUCCUAAACUCCCGCGAUAAGUCGCUCGUGCUGACCUGGAAGUUCUACGACCAGAACGUUGCGAUGACGCGAGUGCGUCCCGGACGAGUCGUGCUAUUCGAUUUCUCCACAGAGUACGAUGUCAAGCUAACUGACGAAUUCUUGACCUACUUGAAACAAGAGGAGAUGCCGAUACUGAUCUGUGAGCUAGAUAAACAAGACACGCCGUUCGCUAGCUGUGCUCUGCCGCUGCGAGAUGCGUUGCUACACACCAACAGAAGAGCUGACAUGUCGCUCGCACUGGUCGCUGGACCUCAAAUGUUAAGUGCCCGAGCAGAAAAUGGCGCAGCUGCAGAUGCCCUGGACGCGGGCGACGAAAUGGGCGUCAUCGACCUCUGGUGCUUACUGCGAGCUGAUGGGCACGUACUGCCGCUCAUCAAUCGUAGUAUCGCACGGUUAACGAAGCCAGCAAACAGGCAGCAGAGCUCCUCGCGGUUCAUGCAGCAAGUGAUGGACGACGAGCCGUCCAAUGAAUUGCGCGACCUUGACAUAACUCGGUCUACCUACCCCGUGGCAUACGAGGACCGGCCCGUGCCGAGCCAAUACCGAGAUGUGGCGUACCUGCGGACUACUCGUCGCUGGGGUAGUAGCUUCUUGAAGCUGCCGCCCACGUACGAUAUCAACGCUGUCGGCCAGACGGCGCCGCCUCCGCCGUCCAAGCCCACAGCCGCCGAGACCGCGGAAGCUGUUGCCAAGGCCGCUGCAGAAGCUGAGGCUGCAGCCGCCGCCACCAGGCGCGCUGAGGAACUCUAUGACCCUAGCAAUUACCCUCCAGUUCGGCAGCGCAACUCAGACCCGCCGAUCAGCCCGUCAGAUGAACCGGAACGUGACGUUUCCCAGAUUAUACCCAACGAAGUCGUGGCUAAAAUAAAAUCGCCAGGAGAUAUGAAACAAGCCUUAGUACAAAAUUCUCAGCGAUCGGAUAACCCGAGGAUACCAAGGGCUGACGAAGAAAUAGCAUCACAAGCUCAAUCCAGUAUGGGCUCCUUAAGAAGUAUAGUGGCCAGGUUACAAAAGAAAGGUCUUGCUAAAACUGUUAAUCCAAAUAGGAUAUCAGAGCGCCGCCAAUCAAUAUUACAAUCUAUAAAGGCAAAAAGCGGUAAGAAUACGCUAGAUAUGGUUUCAGGAAAACCUCCACCUGAGAUGAAACCCUUAGACACUGUGGAGGAACAACCCGAUAGCGAAUUAUUCAGGAAAUACGACAACAUUAGCAAGCUACUCGGAUCAAAUAGAACUGAUUCGUCGAAGAAGUCUGUGACAAUUCUGCCGAAGUAUGUGGAGGAUGAGACUCAGAAUGCACCAGAAGGCAACGAAGACGAGAACAAUCCGGUUAAGCAGAGUCUGGACAUCACAGUCUUGUGGCUGGCUCUGAACGAGGAGUGCGAGGCCAUGGUGGACCCUCACGUGCAACGCGUGUACGUCGCCUAUAGCUUCCUCGGCCGGAACGGAGCGGAACUCGAGACUCCUGUCAGUCUGCCCAAACCGAAGCAUUACGUUGAUAAGUGUUACUUCAAUUUUAAGAAAACAUUCGAGUUGGAGGACAGUGACCUGCCACUCCUGGGCCACAUGGCGCGAUGCCGUGCCGCCAGCAAGGUCUCCGAAGACGCUAAGGACUGCAUCGUGUUCAGCGUCGUCAGCGAGCCGCCUGAAGAUCCGCUAGGCUUAGAGAGCUGCGAAGAUAUCGGCUACGCGUUCCUGUACCUGGGCGACCUGCUGGCGUACAGCGCGGGCAGCUCGGGCUACACGGAGGUGGUGCCGGUCCGCAGCGCGCACGGCGGCGCGGCCGUGUGCGGCGUGCUGGCCGUGCGGCUGGACGGGCUGGACAUCGUGCGCCGCUGCCUGCUGCUGGCCAGCUCGCAGAAGGACCUCUCGCAGUGGGCCGCCCUCUGAGCCACACCACCAGACUUUUCCACAAGCUCUACCUACACCCAACAAAAUAGUUUGGAAACAGUCACCGCCUCACCGCGUUCGAUGAAAAUUGCACUUAUUUAUAUUCUUCGCUCAUUGAAUGUGUUCGUUUUAUUUACAUGUGAAAUAAACAGGAAUCUGUCAGUCAGUGUGGUGUCAGUCAUUUGUCAUUUGUUACAAUAUCGUUUGGCACUUGAAGCGAGGCAGGUAUUGCACACUAUGCUGGCUUAAAAUGGCGCUACAUACCGAAAAUGAAAGUCAUUAUAUACUUUUAUUGGCCUACUAUCGACAAAAUUGAAAUCGAUACCAACUUAAGGAAAAUCGAUUUGCAAUCAAUACUGUUCCAAUACAUUUUGAUUACUAUGAUUUUUUGUUGUUUAUUUUACGAAUUUUGAUUUAUGUUACUUUUUGUCUCACUUGUUCAAUGUUUUGACAUUAUCUUAAAAUAAAAUACAUUCACUUCUGUAAACUCGUAAUUUGCGCAAUCGCAAUCGAAACAGGAACAUUACAAGCGUUACAUCAACCCAAAACAAUCGAAAAUGUUGAAGUGGAUUCCAAUAGGGAUGUGAUAGCGUCCGGACCGCCGGUGUUGAGAUCCGUGCGCGCAGUCACGGGUGUGUUAGGGCCGGCGACGCACGCGCCCCGCGGUCCGAGCCGUUUCGCAAUCGUCCUAAUUCGGCGAGUGGUUGUCGCGCGUGGCCGUGCCGGCGCUGCGCACGCGCACACUCAGCGAGGCGCGCGCGAGGGCGCUAACCCUGCGCCAGAACAUGGAUGUAAGUAUACCUACCUAUAUGUAUCUUUAUGAAGAUGGCGAUAAUGUAUGUUGUAAUUGUAAGAAUAAGUAUAGGUAUGCUGGACUCCUGAACGUAGGUGGGGCCCUUGAGAAUAUUUCAGCUAAAUAGCAACAUCCAGAUAAUGGGCUACUUAUCUCCUUAGCAGGUAUGGAAAUGCAUUGCGGACAGUGGAUUUCCCAGAGUUACUUUUAUCACUUGCUUAACCGUGGACUACACUCGUAUAGUAGGAAUGCCAUAAACCCAAAAUGUUUGUAUCACAAUAUUAGAAGAGAAACAAAAAGCAACGAAAUCAGACCAAACAAUAUACCUUAUCGUAGACCCCACCUUUAAACCUGUAAAACCUGAGAACUAUCCAAUCAUGACUCCGCAAAUUUUCCACCUCGAUAUCAAUUCAAGCCUUCUUCACUUAUGGAAAGAUAUGGCAAUUAAAAAUACGUAGAGUUCCUCUACGUAUUCCGAUGAUGCACGUCAGCUCUUAAUAAAUAAACAAAUGAUGCGGUUAUAUUCUUGCCAAACGGAUUUAUGCUAGAAUGAUCUUAUUUCUAUGAACAAAGCACUUAACGUUAUUUAUGCAAUGAGCGUCUGUUAAUGAUCUCUGCAUUUUCCUUCACAAUUUUCAUGUAGCAAUUAUCAGAUAUUUACAGGUUAAUAAAAUCAUUUCAAAGUCCCAAGUGACAGAUACGUAAGGAUUGGACAUUCGGGCGUGACAUUUAUAAGACACUAGCCAGCAACUUGCUUGUGUACCUUCGAAGACACGAUUAGACUGAAGGAUGUCGUCUGUUAUAUCUCGAUGAACUGACACGGUCGUGUGUGAGUCGGACUCGCGAUACUUAGGGUUUCCUUAUAAAUAGGAAAAAGGAAAAUAAUUUACGACAAAAAUUGGUCACCGAUUAUUUAUGUUCGUAUCAACCGCUGCUUAACAUCGAUGUUUAUUUUAAUUACUUCUAGUUAUAGCGGCAACAGUAAUACCUAUAUCAUCAUCUGUCAUAAUUCCAACUAUUUAGCCAUCACAGCGCAUGAGAGAAGUCAUAGGUUUUCGUUUUUACCCUUUUGGUUAUAAACCUCACAAAUAUAUUUGUAGUCGUCUCUCAUAAAUCAACACAUGACCACAACAAAAAUGUAUUGGCAAUAGAUUAUUUCCUCCACUAAUUUGUAAUUAGUAGAUAUCUCAGUUGUAAUAGUCGCCUACAUUUCGUGUGACGGUUUCAUAAAUAGCCGGGUCAACCUUUGUCAAUGUCGGCAUAUUUUUAGUUAACCCAGACUACUUAGUUUGCGAAUACUUCUCACAAAAAUUCCAAUAGCUGAGCGCUUUGUAUUUUAAUUAGCACAUUCGUGAGGCCGAAGCGAUCGUAAAAAGCGGCUUUAGAAACGACUUCCUUCAAAUUCAUAUUUUGUCAUUUAUGUAUUAUUUAGUUCUGACCUUAUUUAUAGGGUUGUUGUUGGUAACUAGAUAUCUGCUAAAUAUUUUAUGAAACCUUUAAAAUAAAACGCAACAUAGGUGGUAAAACGUUUGAAAGUAGGGCCUUAUAAUGUAGCUUGUUGGUAAAACCUUUUAGUACUGAAAAAUGUCGUCACAUGAGAUUGCAACUUGCUGUAAUAUUCUUAUGCGAUAAAAAAGACGACCUUUUUUCAUGUUAAAUUUUUUAGACAUGUAAUAUACCCAAUUUGGACCUCCAUUCUGUUAUAAUUCUAGAUACAAAGAUAACCUCUUAAAUGUAAAGGAUCAAUGAAUUGUUUUUCAAAUGUAUUUAUGUUUAUUCUUCCAGACGGCAUGGAAGAGUAUGAAUGUCGUAUUUUUUGGUAGGUACAUAAAAACAUACUAUGAGUAGUCGUCGAAAACACAAGUAUCAACAUCCAUAUAAAUUAAAGUAUUUUCAUAGGUACGAGUAGAUACUUAAUUUUUUAUACAGAUAGCUGUUGCCAAUUUCAUUGAAUAGUCCAUAACAUUAUUGAGACAGCUCACAUGAUGUCACAAACAUUGUUAGUUUACGAGUGUUAUGAGGUGGACAUCAAACAUUAGCCGUAAUAAUAUAACGUUUUAUCUGAGUAUAAUGUGGUCUGAAACUAUAACUUUUUAUAAGACAAUCUCUUGUUUUACUGCUUCUCUGAAGAGUGGUUUCAGUUUUGCUUUAGUAUGUAAAAUUGCUUCUGAUGCUUCGUACAUUCGUCGCUACAUUCAAAACUAAAAACUUUUGUUAAAAACUUAAAGAAAAAAUCGUACGAAGAUUUCUUAUUAUUUUUUGUGACAUUUCGACUAAACGGUUUCUUCUUCAUUUUAAUUAUAAUCAAAAACUAUUACACCAGUUACCAUAACACGGUCUUGGCGAAGAGAAAAACGCGUAUCUCAAUAUGCUGCUUUCCUAUUAGCACCUCUAAGACGUUUGUUUGUUCAUUACAACAAAACAAACGUCCAAUUAUAUAGCCAUCACUAAAUUAUAUCGUUCAACAUUGGACCAAUAACAAUAAUACUGUUAAACACCACUAAUUUAAUUUGGCAACCAUAAAUAUUAUUUGAUCGUUUGUCUCAUUGUCAUCAUGUCAAUUAAUUUUACAAAAUCACCGGAGUUACACGAUUAAUAAUGUUUUAUUACAUUUGUUCGGUGCUAGCGAAUCUGUCCGCGACUGCCAAACAGACGCACAUACAUCAGUAGAUACAAUGAAGGUAUAUUAUUAUGCUACUAGUCUAUUUUAAAAUAUCCGAUUUAAGAUCGCAUCAAUUAUGGUAAGCGAAAGCUGUGCUCUAUGAGUAAGCAAUCAAUAAAUACAUUGUGUUCCGAAUCAAAUACCUACGCUGUGUCGUUAGAUAUAAAUAGAUAGUCUCCUCGAAAUUCGAAGUUCAGAAGGACCUAUUGUAAGGAAAGAAAUGGAGUCACUUACCCAUCAUGUCAGUUUUGCAGCAUAAACAGAAUUUAAAUACAUACAAAUAACCAUUACAACACGCUUCAUUAUAAUUUACAAGCCUACUACUGGCAGUGACAGAAAAUAUGACAUGUUAUCAUUCAUAUUCGCAGUUAUUAGUUGGAGCCAACGUCAUUACGUAGGAGGUCUAUGUAGGCUUGAAGAGUAAUUUAUAUGUUCAUUCAGUAGUCAGUUAUAACAGUCAACAAGCUGCUAAACGUAGGGAAAAUAUGUGGAAGCGGCGAAAACAGGAGAUUUGUCGUUCUUAUCGUUCCCUUGAUGAAUAGUUUAUAGACCUAUGUUCUUGUUACCAAAAUACUAUUCAUACUGACAUUCGUAGGUCAGCGACAUCUAGCGAGGAUUCCCUGGUAUAACAACGAUUGGGUUGGGCAAAGCGCCAUCUAUUGCGAGCUCGUGACGCUACUGAAACUUUCAGUAAACUGAAAUAACGAUGUUGGCGCUAGUUUAAAAAACUUUUCAGAGAUGGCGUUGUUGGGCAGUAAAAUCGUAGCACUCGUAGCUCUUAUUUUUUUAAAGAUAUUGGAAUGAUCAAUAUUAUUACUAAUUACAAAUUAGCUAUACUUGGUCCUUGGCAAGGGAAAUAGUAUCUCCUGGUUAACUUGUUAAGGCUGUUGUAAUACAGGCGUGCUUUCCCAAAUCUUUGCGAUGUAACUGUAAUCUUAAUGUCUUCUUCACUUUCCAUACUACAAUACUUGGUUUAUCUGGAUAUUCAUCGAUAUAAGAACAUAAUCAUCCCACCCUCUGAGUAUCUGGUUCCAAUGACAAGUAAGCUCGGUCUGGCAAACAUGUACCUGUUUCCCAGUAAAAAAACUGACUGAAAAUUGCUCAGCUUUAUAGGGUAACGGUAUCGCUUGUUAGAAAGAAAGUAUAUAGAGCGCGGCGGUUCUUUUACAUGUAAUUUUCAUUGGUUUAUUGAUUGUUUAUUUUCAAAAAAAGCGAAUACUUCUUAAUAUGAAAUGAAAUGUUACAAAACACUUCGAAGAUACCUAGAAGUACAAAACAAAAUAAAAAUAACUCUUCAUACCUACGUAGCGCAUAGCUAUGUGGCAAUAGAAAUACUGUGUUAAAUCUAUCGCUGGACAGGUACAAGUAAGACGACAAAGUGAUUGAUGUUAGUACCUAGCUUGCCUAAUAUAUUCCUCUGAAGCGGGAACAUUUCCUGACACUCCCAAGGGUUCUAUUUUGAAGUGCAGUCUAUUUUCGCCCGGUACAUUGUUGUGGCGUGUCGAGGAGUUGACAGUCGACAUAAUUAGUUGCGGCUACAAUUAUAUUUCAUGUGGGAGCUAGCUUCAUUUGUUUUAGGGAUUAGUAUUUGAAGUGAUCUAAUACGUGCAGCUUUAUCUUAUACCCUGUGAUUUGCUUUAAUUUAGACUCUAUAAUCAGGUGGCUAAAUGUCAAAGCAAUUUUCGUUGCGAAUGAAAACUAAAAGCGAUUACACUCCUAUAAACGAAUGAAUGAAGUCCGGCAAGUAUUAUCGCCUUGGCGUGCACGUGCCGAGUCUUAGCACCGGUAUGAUCUCUCCUGUAUCCUCUCAUCUUACGUCAGAUUCCAAAGACUGAGCUUUCUUUGGUAAAUGGAAACAGUUACGAAGUCACUCUUUGACGUCUUAAAUAACAACUGCAUAGGUACUUGGGCAUCCAUCAGUCAUGGAUUUGUAAAAUUCAUGAUGCGGGCUUCAUACCAAAUUAUUUUUCCAAUCCAAAAAACUAAAGUUUAUCUCUCUCAUAGACUGCGUAAAGGACUAUUCUAGAUGAUGUGGUAAAGGUAGAGUGUUAAUGGAACAUUAUAAAGCCCUUUCGAUAUUUAGGUACAGAUCACAAGAUAAGCUUUUUGGUUUAAAUUAAAAAUAAAUACAGUGGAAAAUAAACGCUCAUUUAUUUGGAUUCACAGAGACAUUUGAAUGUUUUUUAUUCUUACAGUGAGUUAAACAACUUUCUUUGUUGCAAUGCUAUCUCCCUUCCAGGAACAUAUUUGUCAUAUUUCCUUUCAUAAAAUAUAAUGAAUUCUCAUGCUGACAGAUAUGUGAGUAAUUUUUCAUUUUUAAUAUUUAACCACACAACCAGCAUUAAUUCUUUAUGCUGAGAACUUAUCUACAUAUAUUACUCAUGCAAAAUUACUUCCCAAAUAAAAUACACAAAAAAAUUACUUAAAAUUUCGAACUUAGUCAACAUAUUCGUUUCCUUACGAGCCUCUUUAAAGAAAGCGUGUCUCCGUUAUAAGGUAGGUAUCCCACAUGUGAGCACACGUGUGGCGGGACUCGUGUCGCCAUGUCACAGAUCGGCCAUUUUAUUUUAGUAUAAUGCCGCAUUCCGAUUGCCAGCGCUUAUGUAAUAAUCUGUGUCUUAUUAAUCGUGGGGCCGUGACCGUGAAUGUUCUCUUCAAGUUUUAUUUAAUGGUUAUUAGUAUUACGAUAGUUUUGCUCUGAUGUAGUUUUAAUUAUGAUUAUAGUUUUACUGUCUUUAAAUUUUGUUUUUAAUGUUGCGAAGUCAAGUGUUUUGGGAUUGAUAUAUUUUGAUUUAAGAGAAUUAACAGAUAUUUUUCAGUCUUCGAACGAAGCCUCGGACAUAUUCUCACACUUUUAAAAAGACGACUCCUGCACUAAGGAACUAAAUCCUUGUAUCACGGGGGUCUCACAAAUAUUCAAGACACGUGAUCAAAGACACCCCGACUCAGAAAAAUAAUGAAUUUUAAACUGGCUUCAUUUCAGACUCAAGAAUAACUUUGCCUUUUCUGCAAGCGAUUAAAAUUCACUAUUCAAUCAAACACUAUCGAUCAAUAGCAGCCAGUCUAAACAAUCAGUGUCUCAUUACACCAUGUCAGAUGUAUCUGGCACGCCAUCUGCCGGCAGUUCUCGGAAGGCCCGGCGUGAACCACGGCCCUGAACCAGUUAGUAAAAGUGGACAGUUACGUCACGGAAAACUAACGGGAAAAGCUUGUUUGUUUGUUUUGAAACAUGGGAAAGUGCUUGUGACCUGCUUACCCACUGAAUAAUCGUGGGUGAUGUAAUAAAAACUUUCUGAAAAUCUUGAGUAGGUAGGUAUUUUA